ACUGCCACAGUGGGACCCGAACCGGUCUAUGGAUGGGCCAAAUUGACGACCUUCUGUCGAAGACGCCCAAGAACAAUCAGUGCCGGUUUGGCGGCAGUGCAAACCCACAGCUUUCCAUAAUGCGAUAACAAGUUAUUAGCGCCAUCUUCUCCAAUGGACACACUCUCUCGCCACAAGUCAUUCCUAUUAGCCAGUGCCGUUCUCUUACUUGCUUCCAUUUUCACCCCACAAACAGACCAUCCUACAGAGGACAUUGUUCCUGUGGAACCGCAUAUAAAUACAGAGGGAACGUUACCUACUACAACAUCUCAUUCAAUGAAUCCAUCCUCCGGGAAGUCGAGCGCAGAUUCCGAGGCGAUAAACGUGGAUGCAGGCACUCUUCCGCAUGACACAAAGCUCGACCCCGAUUGUAUAUUCUGCAAGAUCGUCAGAGGGGAAGCACCGAGUUUCAAAGUAUACGAGACGAAACACAGGUACGCUGCCUAUCAGUCAAUCACCGUUCAAUCACCAAUGCCACACUUUAAAAGUCUCGCCUUUCUCGCGAAGCCUCCUGUUUCUCAUGGGCAUACUCUUAUCAUACCCAAAUACCACUCCCGGACAUUAACAGAUCCCGGACUCCCGGAUGAGUUCCUCGCGGACGUUGGUCCUAUAAUGAAGAAGAUAGCAGUUAUGAACGGCGAAGAUUCAUACAACAUCAUCCAGAACAACGGCAGGACAGCCGGACAAAGCGUUGACCAUGUACAUUUCCACGUUGUGACGAAGCCAGUGAGCCAACCUGCUCAAGGACUCGUCCUAACACCCGAGAGUUGGCCUUCGUACCCUACGACCGAUGAAGAAUACGCUCACGACGCAGACCAAAUGAGGCAGAUCGGUAGGAAUCACGGGUUCCCGGGCGUUUCGGCUUAGAAUUUGGGGUUUGAAGUAUGGUGCGAUGUGCAGUUUCGACAAUUGUAUCGUGGCCAACGCCGAACUUGUAUUGUUCGAUGGGAUGGAGAUUUACGGAAGUAGUUUAUUGAGGUUGUGGGUUUGUUGUCGUGCGAGGGGUGUUAAGGUAAUCUUGUAUGAUUUUUCCCUUGGCUGUCUGCAGAUAUCCGUCGCAGUAUACAAUGAACCUAGGCAG